AUGCCAGUGCAAUCUGUGAAAAAUACGUUGGAUCACAGGACUGGAGCUGACAAUGAGGAAGAAAUUGAUAUUAUCCAGAGUGCAUUGGAGAAGUCGUCGCUUAGUCUGGAUUUAGAGGAAAGCAGUGUUUCUCUAGAGCUGUCCUCCACCAUGAGCGGUUACAGUAAUACAUCUGUUGAGUAUCCUAAUCUGCAAAAUUGUUCAUCUGUAGCGAUUGAAGAAGACCAUUCUCUCUCUCCUCAUGUGGAGGAAAAUGUCAUUUUAUCAGGCUUCUUAUGAGUGGGUGUUGGUGUGGAAGGAGAUGAUUCACGUCAGAAUUUUUUCUUUCUUUGAUCUUUGGAGUCCAUCAACAAUGGAAUCUGUUAGUAAUGAAAAGCGAAAACGUUCACUCAAGCAAAAGUUCAACAACGAGUGAAACGUUUAUUACAAGAAACAAAGAAAAGAGCAAAAAAGAAGAGGAAAUAGCGAAGGAAUGGAUCAGAAAAGGAACCAGAAGAACCAGCCAUCAAAAGAAAGAAGGACGAAGGAACACAGCUAUCAGAGGCAGCAAGGAACGAAACAAAAAAAGGCGAAUUAGCACAGUGACCAAAGACAGCAACAAACGAAACAAAGAAGGACGAAUUAGCACAACGACCAGAGACAGCAACCAAGGAAGUGAAGAAGCAUGCCAUUUGAAACCAAGUCGUGCUACUGCCGUGCCAAACUCAAUUCAUAUAUUAUGAAUACAUUUAUAAGUUGUCUAAACCCGUUUUUUUUUUUUUUUUUUUUUAUUUGACGCAUGAACAUCAAUUGAUUUCAACAAGGAGUUAAUAUGGUGGCUUCUCGAAAGAGCUUUCCUGUAAUGCUUUCAGUUAUAGAUCAUACCGUUGAAGACAAAGAUAAUACAAACUCAAACCACUCACCACCAUCAUUUGCAAACAGUGAAUGGGACGAUGAUGUUGAAGACAAUGUUGACUCGGUUGACAAGGAUCAUCUUCAAGAGGCGGGAAAAUCAAAGUCCAGCAAGGGAAGGAGGCAGGAGCAUUAA